AUGAACUCAAGUAAUAAACCCCAACAAAAUUCACCUGAAAUAUACUCAUCAAUAUCCUGUUCUUCACCAAAUCGAAUUUCAACGUCUGCCUACUCCUCUUCGUGUAAUAAACAAGUCAGUGAUACCACUACUACUAAUAACAACAAUAACAGUAGUAGUGAUAGUAAUAGUAAAAUGUUAUCCUAUGAUACAAACACUUCUUGUGAUAAACGUGAAGAUAAUGUCAAUACUCCAUCGAUUCAUGCCAACCAUCCAUAUCAUACUGCUAAUGUAACGUCUACAUCUUCUUCGUCUACAUCCUUACCCUCGUCAACGACGUGCAUAUCCGCUUCCGUGUCCUCCCCCUCCACCGCAUUUCCUUCUUCUUCUGCUAUCAGUACUUCUACUUCAGCACAGUGCAUUGAUCCCGGUUCUACAACCCUGAAUACAGAUCAGUUGACACCGACAACACCAACUCCUACAGCAACAAUGACAUUACCUCUAUCCGAUUCAUCGAAUACCUUCAUUGCAAAAGCAUCCAAUGAUUCUCCAGUUAUUUCAACGUCGUGUAAUAAUGAUCCACGUGUGGAGAAUAAUUCUAAUAAUAAUAGUAGUAAUGGUAAUGGGAACAAUGGUGGACAUAUGAAGCGUAAAACUAGUAUGAUGAAACCCGAGGAUGAUUGUAAUUACGAUAGUAACAGUAACCAUAGUAACAGUAAUAGUAAUAGUAAUGCUAACAAUAAUAGUAAUAUCUCAUCUUAUUAUCCUACAACAUAUUCGAAUACGCCAACACUCGGUGGUGGUGGCGGUGGACCCAAUGUAAAUAAUACCAGUGGGGGAGGUACCGCUAAUAAUAAUAAUAACAAUAAUCCUUCCCAUCGUUUAUCCCUGAGUCAUCCUAUUGGUGCAUCAUCACAUCCACAUUUAAAUUAUGCUGAAAUGAAUUCACGACAUUUAAUGCCGACAUCAGCAUCAGUAUCAGCGUCAUCAUCGUCGAAUUCAGGAACAAUGAAUAGUAAUCAUCAUCAUAGUAAUGCUGGGAAUGUAAAUAUUAUGGGUCAUGGGAUGAAUAAUCACAAUAGUAAUAGUAACAGCUCAGAAACACCAAUCCAUAAAGCCAGGACAGCAUUAUAUGAGCAUCCAUUAUUCCCUCUGUUGGCGCUGAUCUUUGAAAAAUGUGAAUUAGCCACCUGUACACCACGUGAUCCAAUGUCAGCGGCAGCUGUCGCGGCAGCAGCUUCAGCCUCUGGCAAUACAAAUCCUGGAAAUAUGGAAGUAUGGUCAUCUGAAUCAUUCAAUGAAGAUAUUAUUGUAUUUGCUAAAGAGUUGGUAAACUCUCAAAAAACUAUUCGUACCAGUGAUCCUGAAUUAGACUCCCUGAUAAUUCAAGCGAUUCAAGUUCUCCGAUUUCAUCUUCUCGAAAUUGAGAAGGUGCAUGAACUCUGUGAUAAUUUUUGUUCUCGUUACAUAACCUGUUUACGUGGUAAAAUGCCAAUAGACUUAGUCAUUGAAGAUAGAGAUUCAGCUGGAUCUACAGGUUCAGGGAAUAGUCCACAACCAGUGAAUUGUUCAGUGAAUCAGUCACAAAUGAAUGCCGCUGCCGCCGCAGCCGCAGCUGGUGGUGGAUUACAACAUCCAGGAUCAAAUCAUCCUGGUUCAGUAAAUAUGUUCAAUAGUUUAGUUGACGAAUCCAGCAGUGGAUUGGCUAUGCAGCAGCAACAACACCAGCAACAGCAGCAGCAUUCUCUCCCACAUCCUGGUAGUAUGUCGAAUUAUGCAAAUAACCACCCAGGGUUUCGAGGUGAUCCAGCGGCAGCAUAUGCAGCAGUUGCUGCGGCAGCCUCUGUAUCUCAAAUGGGUGGUUUACUGGGUCUUGGUGGUAUGUAUCCUUGCUCAAAUCUUCCUUCAGCAUCAUCAUCGUCAGCAGCAGCAUCAUCAAAUGCAGCAUUUCAUUCAAUGUUUGGCGGUGAUCCACGAUAUAAUCCUAAUUCACACAGUUCCCCAGCGCCGGGAUUCCCUGACGCUUCGAAUUACUACGGCCACCAUCAACAGCAACAGCAACAGCAUCAUCAGUCACAUCAUCAUGGCGGUGCUCACUCCAACUACCACCCUGGUAUGUAUUCAUCAAAUCCAUCUGGGGGGUUUGGUGGUAUGGAUCUAGGCGGAGCUGAUCUGCUUAGACCACCACAUCUUGGUUCACCUUACUCAAGUCAUCAUCUAUCGAAUGUAUCAGGAAAUUUUAAUAAUAGUAAUAAUAAUAAUAGUUCACAAAAUUUUAGUGGACAUCUGCUAGGCAGUGGACAACAUAAUGCUUCGAAUCUGAGCACAUUUGGACAACAUCAGCUAUCAGCUGAUGCGUUGUCAUCUUCUUCAUCCUCUGGAAUGGUUGGACGAUCAAAAAAUUCCUCCCCUUUACUUGGAAGUGUUGGUAGUCGGCGGUCACCGGAUGCAGAUGAUCGGACAAGUCCAAAUGGUGGACUAGGUGGUGGUGGUGGGGGUGGUGGUGGAGGAGGUGGUGGGCGUACUGCAACUAAUAAUCAACAUAUUAUUGUUGAUCAAGGUAUAGGGCGCCAAAAUCAUAAUAACCUUCAUCAUCAUCAUCAGCAGCAGCAGCAACACCAACAUCCGCAUUCACUUACGCAUAUGUCACAGAAUUUAUCACAGUCAAAUACACCAAUGUCUCGUAGUCAUGGUAAUGCAAGUCAAGAUAUGAAUAGUGAAGCAGGUGAUGGAAUUGAUAAUUCUAUUGGAUCGGGUGAAAAUCUUGAUGAAUUCGACUUGGAGGAGAAAUCAAUUAAACGUCAAAAGAAACGUGGAAUAUUUCCUAAAGCGGCUACAAAUAUUAUGCGUGCAUGGUUAUUUCAACAUUUAUCACAUCCUUAUCCAUCUGAAGAACAGAAAAAACAGUUGGCCACUGAUACCGGUUUAACCAUCUUACAAGUUAAUAACUGGUUUAUUAAUGCACGAAGACGUAUUGUCCAACCAAUGAUUGAUCAAUCGAAUCGAGCAGGAUGUCUACCGUAUAUGGAUAAUCAACAUUUUGCUGCCUAUGGACGUCCAGGCGGCGGCGGAGGAGUAGGAGGAGGUUUCCAUCCAUCAUCUCUACGUCCUGAGGAAUUUUACGCCGCCGCAGCAGCUGCAGCAGCUAGUAGUACACCAGUUGGAGGAGAUAUUGACAGUCAUAUGAAUACUGGACGUGGAGGAGGAUAUAUGCCGAGUUAUCUUGGAGGGAGUAUGACAGAUUCAGAUUUUCCUGGUGUUAACAAUACACUCGGUGGUGGUGGUGGUUAUCCACGUGGUGUCGGUGCUGGGGGUUAUCCACCACCUCUGUUAGGCGGUCACCUGCCUUACGGUCCAUAUUCUGCUCCAUCGCCCACUCCACCGUCGAAUACUAGCAGUCUGUCUGGAAGACAGUCGUCGAAUCAAUUUCCUGGACAAUUUGGUCUAUUUCAAAAUUCACAUAAUACUAAUACUAAUAGCACUAAUUCAGAGAGUAAUAGUAAUAAUUAUUCAGCAUCUGAGUCAAAACUGCGUACAGCUGCUGAUGUCGACAGUGUUCAAAAAGCGACAUUGGCUGUCGCUCAGUAUGCCGCAGCCCUCGCCUUACAACAGCAACAGCAACAGCAGCAGCAACAACAACAGAAACGCAAUUAUCCUGUAACAACAACGACUGGUCUAAGUCCUGGCUCGAAUAAUUCUACACCCAGUGUAUCUGUUGCCGGUUACACUUCACCCAACAGUAACAGUAAUGCUACAUAUCGUGGUAUGACUAACGGACAUCAUUCAAUGUCAAAUCAUCCAACUCCUCUGUCACCAUCGCAUAAUGGAAGUCCUAUCCCAUCGUCUGGUGUUCCAUUCAACGGGUCGAAUAGUAGUAACAUUCCGCCGGCUCAUUUACAGCAACAACAACAGCAGCAACAUUCAAUGACAGCUAACUCACCGACAUCAUUUCCAGUGUCAAACAGUCGACACUCGAAUUUAAGUCUACCACACUAUGGACAUCAUUCUAAUCAUGUCAGUAAUCAUCAUCAUCACCAUCAUCAUCAUGGAGGAGGAUUCCUACCGUCGGUUGGUGGUCAAGAUGCUAUCCCGCAACCAUCGUUACAAGAUAUACAUGCUGGUUAG